AUGUAUUCAUUAAAGCCUGCCAUUCCUCCACAGGAGAAGGCAGAAAGACCUGUUUUAAAACCAACACGAUCAAUGACCCAUCCACUCAGAGAUCCCAAUGGCCGAACUCAGAAACGGCGAGUCCCAAAACAAAGCGGCCCUCUCGACGCCGAAGACUUAAGUCGUCGCUUAAACCAACAUCUCGACGAGCAAAAAGCCCGCGCUCUCAAGCGACGCGAAAUUCAAAUCCAGAAAGAACGUGAAGCCGCAGGGAUAUACCACCACAUCCCUUCGGUAGCCGCAGACUCCUUCCAACGGACCGCUACUCCAGAUGCAUUAGGCACCUACAAAGUCCACAAGCUCGCGGCGCCGGCCGUGAAACUGGCUUUCGUGGAGCCAAAACUCGAGCCGGGACAUGCAGGUCCUACCACGCUGUUGAAGAUAAAUCAGAUGAGAGACCAGAUGAGCGUAGAGCGCGAGAUGAUCCGCAAUCGGAAUCAAUUCCAGUGGACGCAUGGAAUGGAGGAAGCGCUCGUGUCUGAGCUGGAUCGCGACCUGUAUAGACCUCCUCAACGGACUUUUCAGCACGAGACGUCGCAUGUGAGGAUUACGCAUAGCAAGCGGGCUGCGCGGCCGUUGAGUACGGGCGAUAUCUUCACGGAGGAGGAAGGGGAGGUGGAGGUCAGAGCUAAGCCGGUGAAGUUGAGGGGAAAAGCAGCCGCGGAGGUUGCGAAGGAUAGACAUGAUUGGGCGCAGCGUGAUGAUGAGGUUGGACAGGUGAAGAAGCAAAGGUCGAGUAUCUUUUUGCGGAAGAGAGAUUCUACGGCUAAGAAGGAGAGGAGUGGGAGUGAUGAGACGAUAAAGGAAGAGGGUGAGGGGGCCAGUGGAGAGGUGCCUGCAACAAGGAAAGGAUUUCUGGCGAGGUUUAAGAGACAUCCCAGUUGA